AUGUUCAAGUCAACUCAAGCAUUAUUCGGUGGUCUUCUCUGGAAGACCCCGUGGCGCCUGUCCUCCCCCCAAAAGGCACGUCAGCGCAAGCGCUUGCGUUCCGUGGACAGAGUCGUCGACACCCUUAGUGCCGCUCUCGAGCGCAAUGGCCAGACAUCCAAGGCCGUGACUCGGUGGUUUGCGGAGAUGCCGCGUGAGGAGGAAAUGCUGCCCAAGGACAAGUACACUCUCUUCGAUAAGAAGGAGAAGAGCUACCGCAAGAGCAUCCACAAGCUACCCAAGUGGACUCGUGUCAGCCAGCGUGUCAACCCUCCUGGAUUCUAA